AUGCGAAGGGAUGUGCGCAUCCUUCUGGUCGGAGAUGAGGGUGUGGGGAAGAGCACAAUUGUAACAUCGUUGAUCAAGGAAUCAUUUGUUGCGCAUGUUCAGCACAUUGUACCCGAGGUCACCAUCCCACCGGAGGUAACCCCAGAGAACGUUACAACAUAUAUCGUCGAUUCCGGAGCUGGCCCACAAGACCGUACCCACCUCGAGUCCGAAAUUCGAAAAGCACACGUCAUUUGCGUCGUUUAUUCCAUUGACAACCCAGGAUCUUUCGAUCGAAUACCCACAUAUUGGUUACCCCAUUUUAGGCAGCUUGGCGUUAACGUUCCUGUCAUUCUGGUGGGCAACAAGAUCGACUUGCGUGGUGGAGAGGUUACAAAUGAGGCUUUGGAAGAAGAGAUUAUUCCGAUCAUGAACGAAUUCAAGGAGGUAGAGACAUGUGUGGAAUGUUCGGCCAAAACACCAGUAAACGUAUCUGAAGUCUUCUACUUUGCACAAAAGGCUGUCUUGCAUCCAACUGCUCCGCUGUACGAUUCGCGUGACCACGUCCUUAAACCGGCUUGUAUCAAUGCACUUCGGCGGAUAUUCAAGCUUUGUGAUGCAAACAAGGAUGGAAUCCUGGACGCUUCUGAGCUGAAUGAAUUUCAGAGGAAAUGUUUCGAUGCUCCUUUGCAACUCCAAGAGCUGGAAGGGAUAAAGACAAUGGUCCAAGAGCAUGCCGAAGGCGGCGUUCGCGACGAUGGCUUGACAGAGGCUGGAUUCCUAUACCUGCAUACCAAUUUUAUUCAACGUGGACGACUGGAGACGACCUGGACAGUACUCAGAAAGUUCGGCUACGCUGAGGAUCUCCGACUAACAGAAUCUUUCUUGUCACCCAAGUUCGAUGUCCCCCCAGACUGCUCAGUCGAACUUAGUCCGCUUGGUUAUCAAUUCUUCACUGACAUAUUUGAAAUAUUUGAUAAGGAUCAGGAUGGCGCUCUGAACACUGCCGAACUCGACCAAGUCUUUAGCACAUCUCCAGGUAAUCCAUGGGCUGCGCAAAAAUUCCCCGACACAACUCUUUCCGAUGAAGCUGGUGCGGUCACGCUACAAGGAUGGCUUGCGCAAUGGAGUAUGACAACGCUACUAGAUCACAAAACUACUUUGGCAUACUUGGCAUAUCUUGGAUACCCGGAAGAGCCACGCACUGGAGCUCUGCAAGUGACAAGGCCGCGGAAAGUCGACCGUCGAAAAGGCAAAGUCGCAAGGAACGUAUUUCUCUGUUUUCUUUGCGGUGCAGCCGGAUCAGGGAAGACAUCGCUGCUACGCGCAUUUGCUGGAAAGCCAUUCAGUCCUGUUUAUGAACCCACGAGCAAGAUGAUUAGCGUAGUGAACUCGGUUGACAUUGAUGGCUCUGAAAAGUAUCUUGUGCUUCAAGAAUUUGGGUCGAGAUACGAAGCGGAAACUUUGCGCAAUCCUAAAAAGACGGAUAUAGCGGACGUAAUCGUCUAUGUCCACGACUCCAGUGACACCAACUCUUUCUCAUAUAUCAGCAACCUACGGCAACAAUAUAGCCUUGACCAUAUUCCAACACUCUUCGUUGCAACGAAAUCAGACCUCGACCUUGCCCUGCAGCGACAUGAAGUCCAACCCGAUGUAUACUGCAGGAGACUGGGACUCCAGGUGCCAGUUGCCGUAAGCGUGAAAGCCGGCCAAACAGCAGAUCUCUUCCACGCGAUUUGUAGCGUUGCCCUCAAGCCGCACACGGCGAUACCAGGGGGUGUAGACCGUGCGAUGACGGCAGCGUCGAGGCUGCGGAUGUACAUAACCAUAACUGCAAUAUUGGGUGGGUGUACAGCAGGUCUUAUUAUGCUUAUACGGACGAUGCUGCGACCAGGGGGAGCAGGGCUGCCUAGUUGGAGCCUGCCUUGGGCUAGCUGGCUGGUUGGAGGGAAACGAUGAUUGUAUUUAACUUAGAGCAAUACUACUUAGAUUUACUAG